CACGAGAACGAAUGCAUGCAUGCAAAUAUGGAUGGACAAUAAAGCUAGAGCUUGCAUAGACAGAAGUAGCCAAUAGGAGGUACUGUGUCAUUCUCCAAGAAGUGGGCUCUUCUUCUACCAUGCAUCCCAGCCCGGGGACACAGCCGUAUCUCUGCUUUGAUUUGCUCCCUAAUUGACCUAAAUAAAGUAUCUGAGAGACAGGGUCCCUCCAACCCCUCAAGGCAGACUAGAACACAGUGUAGUAGCUCAAUGCGAGUAAUUAUCUUAUUUUCUAUAGUAAUCUUGCUCGCUUCCCCCACUGUCCAAUCGCAAGACGCAAUUUCUUUGCUACGCUUGGAUCUCGCGCGGUUGAAUUUACAGUAGUUUAUCUGCGGAUUCUCACGGUCUCACACUCUUCACUCGAGCUCUCAUGGAUAGCUCGACAGACUUCGAUAGAAAUAGUAGGCAUAACUGAAAAAAGCAAAAGAUACAUCCAGUAAUGUCUAAACAGCACGUAAGUAUUUAAAAGUAAUUUAUUUAUCGGUGACUAGGUGGUUUGAAAACGUCGAAAUAUGCUUGAUAAGGAACCGGAGUCUCAACAUCAUGGUCCAACGUCAAGAAGCUCAUCAUUUUCAAUUGAGAAUUUACUUCGCUCUACUAGGACUACAGACAGGCGGUCUACGACCGAAGAUGAGUUUUUUUUUAAAGAAACGGGACUGUCUUUCAACCAAGUCGCUGUCCUUGAGAGCCGCUGGGGCCAAGUGGAGCGUCAAGUGUCCUACUUUGGGUUAAACGCCCAACGCCUUGCUGAAGCCGGUUGCAUUUCGGACUGGUGUGGGACAUCGCCCAAUAAAGCUUGCAGCGAUUUACAGAGUCCGCAGUGCCACUCCAGCAACUCAGAUGACCCCGGAUACUCCCUACCAACCAGCGACCGGGAUUCCCCGGCUCUACCGGAGCCGGUGGAAGACCACGACGAACGGAACGAGAGGACAGAGGGCAGUCAGACAGACGACAAGGAUGACGAAACAGGAUCCUCCUGCUUCGCGCGAGACGACAGUGACACACCUGAUACGAAAGCAGCUCGCAAGAAGAAGACCCGCACCGUGUUCAGCCGGAGUCAGGUGUUCCAGCUGGAGUCCACCUUCGACAUGAAACGCUACCUGAGCAGCACUGAGCGGGCGGGGCUGGCCGCUUCUCUACAACUUACCGAGACUCAGGUUAAGAUUUGGUUCCAGAACCGCAGGAACAAGUGGAAGAGACAGAUAGCUGCCGACAUGGCGUCCACGAGCAUCUCCUUUUCGGCCCAAAGGAUUGUCAGGGUUCCUAUUAUUUACCACGAGAACGCUUCACCUGGGACACUGAACGCAAACCUGGCACAGGUGUCGCCACCCUUAGUGGGUUUUUCGAGUACUGUGAAUUUUCCCAUCUCCCAGUUCACACACCCCAUGUCUUUUAUAAGAUCACAAAUGACAGGCCUAGUGUGAGGCACACAUUAUUGGUGUAUUAUAUUAAACUAACAAUUUAAGUAUUGGACACAGUAGAGAUAAUCCCUUCAAGAGUUUAUUGCUGAGGGUGACUUUAUUGCAAAUCACCAAGAUCACAGCCACAUUCAUAAGGGGAUGACACUCAUUGAGCAACCUGUGUAGCAUAUAGCCUCAACUAGUUUAUUUUAAUAUGCAAGUUAUGAGCAUGGGGUUACUGGAACUGUAUUAUUUCAUAUUUCUUAUUUAAACUGGGUUUCAGUUGACAUUUUGUACACAAGAGUUGUCUGAUCAAUGUAAAUAAAAUAGAUGAAGUGCACACCAUGUUUCAUGUUUA